CUCUUUACACAUAUAUUUUUUAAUACACUGACAUUAUACUUCUGUGUACUUUUAGAAAAUAUAUUUUGCAUUUAAACAUAAUUAAGUACACUGAAGCACAUAAAAGUAUGUCUGUAAUCAAAAAACAGUUUAGUACAUUUUUUUAGGGAUAUAACACACUUACUGUAAUAGACUUUGCUGAAAGUAUAUUUUUCGUGCUAAGUGUAUUUUUUACGUAAAUACUUUAGUAUACUUUUUUCACAAGGGACGUUAUUAGUAUGUUUACCAUAAACACGCGCGCGCGUGUGUGUGUGUGUUUCGUUAUUAUUUAUACAUACGUUUAAUGUCUACACAGGUAUUGUUACCCCCUUGGCUAUUCUCUAUGGAGAUCACGUGCUAUGGAUGGUCGUUUGCGACAACACUGGAAGGGGCGCGAGAUUGCGCGAGAGCUGCGCAGCGGAACGCAUCCUAAUUUCGAGCCAAUACCCUGUAAUUAGGUGGUAAGAGUGCUUCCCAUUAAUCGAUAUUGCUGAUGGUGCAUUCAGUUCGUACGUAUGCAAAUACGUGAUGGCUGCAUGGAGGGGGGUUGUGUCGAUUUAGCGCAUAUGUGUAACCCUGUUGCUAUAUUAGCUUGAAUAACGAUAUAACUAUCGAUUAGUGCAAAAUUAUGGAUAUUCUUGACAGGAUUUUCUGAAGGCAUUAACCAGUAAAAGCACCAGCAGUCAUCAAAAUUAAGUUAUAUUUGUCGCGAUGCGAUCAGAAGAUGGAAGUGCUGUCUAUGCUGUCAGCAGGGUGUUAUGGAGAUGUCCAGCCACAGCCUGUUCCUGUUGCAGCAACUGAAUGUCCAGAGGGAGUUUGGCUUCCUCUGCGACUGCACUGUGGCUAUCGGGAAUGUCUACUUCAAAGCCCAUCGGGCUGUGCUGGCGGCAUUCUCCAACUACUUCAAAAUGAUCUUCAUCCACCAGUCCAGUGAGUGCAUUAAGAUCCAGCCCACUGACAUCCAGCCUGACGUGUUCAGCUACCUGCUGCACAUCAUGUACACAGGCAUGGGCCCCAAGCAGCAGGUGGAUCAGAGCAGGCUGCAAGAGGGCAUCAGGUUCCUGCACGCUUACCAGCUGUAUCGAGGUGGAGCUGAGGGCCAGGACCCUGCCUCUGACACCAGCAGGAUGUCCAACCUCUAUGGGAUUCAGAUCUCCUCCCAGUCAGGCCCCAAGGGGAGCCUGAGCACCAAGGAAGGUCAGCCCAGUGUGCGGUUGCGGCCCUCCCCGACCCUGGGUCCCAAGGAAACAUUGCGAAACAGACCUCGCACCAGCCUCCACGGCACCUGCUCUGUGGCCUCUGGGGAAGACGGCAACUUUCAGCCUAGAGUAAAACAGGAGGUACUGGAGUCUGAGGUUACCGCAGAGCCUCAGGCCUCCUUCCCUGGUCAAGGCUCCUUCCGGGAGCGACGCAGGCCACUGCACUGCCACCAGUGUGGGGAGAACUGCAGCUCUCACCAGGGCCUGCGGGAGCACCUUUUUACCCAUGCCUCUGGCUCCCUGGUCCUGGCUUCGCCUGUGGCCCACCUAGAGAACACAGACCAGGGACUUAGUCAUGAUGCCAGUGGUGCUGAGUCAGAGGGGCCCGAAGAGCGCCCCCUACAAUCUGGCACAGCAGUGGGGACACCUAGCGAUGCAGAGCAGCUGGAGGACGCAGCAGUCGACCCAAGGGGCUCCCAACGCAGAAAGGCUGCCUGCGCCACCUGUCUGGCCCAAGGAAGUCAGCUUCAGGAGCAGAGGUCGGUGCUCUGCCGCCGCCAAGGACGCUGCCGGCAAGCAGCCCAUGUGCUGCAGCCCUGCUGUGAAGGCCAGGCACAGCUGGGGCUGCAGGAGGUGACGGCCAUCCCUCAGGACAAUGGCGGCUCCUGUUACUCAUUAGACUCUGAGAUCUCUCAGGAGAGCAUCGACACCGUGCUCACCGAGUAACGUGCACAUACCAUCCGCUCUUAGACUUUCCUUUAUUCACAGUCGCUUCAGUCACACUAAUUUUCCUCUCCAAGCCAUACUCACCGUGUUAUUUUGUUAGCCAUCCUUUAUCAUUGAUUGCUGAUCUCAUGAAAACAUAUUGUAAUAAAUUCCUUUUAAUCUUUCGCAGGUAAAUUGCUGAAAUACAGUUAGGAAAUAAGAUUAUUUAUUUGUUUUGUACCUCAAGUAAUAGCACAAAAGAGUCUCCUGUGGUUUUAAUGGUUUUUCUUUUUAUGCAUGUAAUUGACACCAGUGGGAGUGCAUUCUUUAUUUCCAAAACUCUUUAUUUAGUGAUUAUAAAAAUGACAAGCCAUAUAAUCAUUAACGGCAAGAUGCCACCCUUUGCUGUCCGUGCCAGGGUGCUUGUGGGUGACAACUGUUAUAAAUGCUGAUUCUGAAGUGCACACUUAAAUGGCAGCUACUGUAUGAAGUGACAGUAAAAUGUGUAUUCGUUGAUGACAACUGAUGUACUGUAUAAGAAGUGGUCUUAAGGUUUUCUUUAGGCAUUUCUUUAAGCAUUCUUUUUCUUACUAAUUUGAGCUUUGCUGUGCUUUGCUUGGUGUUAUUGUUUUAAGUGUUACAACAUAAUGUUGAAUAUAGUGUUUAUUUGUCUUGAGGACUAGUUUAACCAUUGAAAUAACUAAUAUCUAAAUAAUUGUUUUUGUUUGUUUGUUUUCUACAUCAACCUGACUUGUGUCCUGUUGCAUAUUCACAGAAACUAAAUGAAAAUAAUCUAUUCUGGAUAUCUUGCCUUAGUUUGAACUGUCCCUUGUAAAAUGUUAGUGUCCACAGUGUAGUAGACCAAGCUGGCUUUAGCGGUAAAUGUCUGGGAGUGAUGACAGAGGAGGGUGUCUGAUUUCUCUGUACUGCUUUGUGCCGAUGGCCAUAGAUGACAUUAAACUUA